AUGCUGCUGAAGGAGCUCGUGGCCGAACUCAAGACGCUGAACGAAAACCUUGGCCAAUUCAGACACUUCAAGAACCUUAGUGACCAACUCCCUCGCCUUCAGUCUCUUCUGGACGCCGUCCCCCCACAACAGCCCCUUCAGCAGCAUACACGGCCCCAAGAUGGGGUCGGUCAUGAGACCCAGGACGGGAAAGAAAUCAGUCAGGCUGGCAAGAGCGGCGAACCAGCCCAAGAAAUGCCGCAGCAGCAACUGCCCCAAGAAUGUGAAGUCAACCAGGACGAGGCGGAGAUGCCAGACGACGGAGUCGGUCAGCACAUGGAACAGACCAGUGAGGUUGGGGAGAGCGGAGAACCCGCCCAAGACUCCCUGCAGCAGCAACCGCCUCAGGAACAUGAAGUCAACCAGGAUGAGGCAGAGGCUAUUAGUGGGACGCGAGAGAGAAGCGCGCUUGACCGCCCGCGCGAGGGCCCGCUGUCAAGGCACUCAGCGAACUUCAAGACGGAGACCAGUGAGGCUGACAAGAGUAACGCAUCCGCCAGAACUGAUCCGCCACGCCAGGGAGCAUUUGAGAUGCUGGACUUAUUCCCGUCAGCCGCCUUCUUGCGAGAUAUCCGUCAAUGUCUCGAGGAGGCCGUCGGUCCGUGUCGGUGCAAGGAACCGCCCAUCUUCAUCGGCAAAACGCGGCUAUGGUUGACGAGCAAUGACGAACCAGAUCCAAGAAAGGAAGUGUACCACGCAUUCCGGGAUGUUGUUCUCGUCAUACCGGCCUCUUUGGCUGCAGCUUCCGGGCUCAUGGAGAUCACGCUACAUCCGGCGGUUGAUUCAGCAACACCAAGAGGUCCGGGGAGAGGACCGGGACAAUUAGAAGGAUAUGUAGCCUGCCGGAAUUUUAUCAAGAUAUCUUGGCCACGACACCCUGUCGAAUCGAACGACCUCACACCCCGACGUCUUAUUGCACGAAACGACAUCAGGCCCGCUUCCUCAACGUUGUCGUCGCUUGUGUCGUCUGCCCCGGAGCGAGGCGACUUCUGGUUCUUCAUUGGAGCGAGUCAUGAUUGUAUCAGAAAGGUCCAGUUUUACGCGGGGUCCUCGCUGCACGAGUCUCUGCUCACAGUGCCAUGCUUGGUGUAUGCCGACUGGAUGAGGAAGGUCCCAAGAGUCAUCUCUAGGACAUGGAUCGCGGUGAAUGCCAUCCAGAUAUGGCGCGGCCUCGAGGACCAGAAGAUGUGCAAAUAG